AUGGAGAAAAACUUAGUUUCAUGUCCGUAUUUGCCCGUUGCGAAGUGCGUUUAUCUAUUGGCGUUAACUUCCCUCGUGUGCGUAACGACAGCGGAGGCGAGAUGCUCCCCGCCGUGCCAACAGCAGCAGGACCUCCGGUCGAUGGAUGGGGAUCGGUACAGCGGUGAGUUUGUCGGAUUAAACGAAGGCGCAUCUGACGAAGGGGCUCCGGAGAGCGGUGAACGAGUCGACGGAGGUGGAUCGGUGGGAUUAAAAGAAAGUUCGUGGAGAGAGCAUCAGCAACAGUUAAGGCAAAAAGCAUUUUUUCCCGGAAAGGAAGCAUUCAAUGGCCAAGAGAAAGUUUAUCACUCCGGGGAGUCAACCCAUCGCAGAGUCCCACAUGGCGUCGAACACACGAACCGGGCGCAGGGGGAACACAACGCCGUGUCCGAAGAUGACCACACUGUGAUUACGCGUCGAAGAAAGCGCAGUGAAACUUGGUCCGAAUUGCAAUGGAAUAGUAAGGAAGACACGUCUUCGCUUUCGGGCCAGACUGAGUUUAAGCUGACGAGCACAUCAUUCGCCCUGACAGGGGACUCGGCCCAUAACCAAGCCAUGGUGCACUGGUCUGGACAGAACAGCAGCGUGAUUCUUAUGCUGACAAAAUACUUUGACUUCACCACAGGCAGAGUUACGGAGAGUUCUUUAUGGAGGUCCACCGACUAUGGAACUACCUACGAGAAGCUGAACGAGAGAGUGGGACUGAAGACGAUACUGAGCUACUUGUACGUCAGUCCAAACAACAAAAGAAAGAUCAUGCUGCUGACUGACCCCGAGGUGGAGAGCAGUCUGCUCAUUAGUGCUGACGAGGGGGCGUCCUACCGGAGACACAGCCUGGGCUUCGACAUCCUCAGCCUGCUCUUUCACCCCGAGCAGGAGGACUGGAUCCUGGCCUACAGCCACGAUCAGAAGCUUUAUGUGUCUGUCGAAUUUGGGAGAAGAUGGCAGCUUGUCCAUGACAACGUCGUCGCCAACAGAUUCUACUGGUCCCGACUGGGGUUGGAUAAAGAGCAAGGAAUGAUUCACCUGGAGAUCAGUGUAUCUGAUAGACGCUCCCAGUACAUUACAUGCAAGCUACAGAACUGCUCGGAAGGAAACAAGGGCAAGCCGUUCCCGGGAUUCAUCCGGCCCGACUCCUUGGUGGUUCAGGACCAGUACGUGUUCAUCCAGGUGCCGAUAGCGGGGCAGUCUGUCCACUAUGUGUCCUAUAAAAGGAACCCCUUCUACCCCAUGAAGCUGCCCAAGUACACGCUGCCCAAGGACUUGCAGAUAAUCAGCACGGAUGACAACCAAGUUGUGACAGCCAUCCAGGACUGGCACCAGAACGACUCGUACAACCUGUACACGUCUGAGCAGGGAGGGCUGUUCUUCACCCUGGUGCUGGAGAAUGUGGUCAGCAGUGGUGGACCGGAGGGCAACGUCAUGAUAGACCUCUACGAGGUAGCUGGGAUUAAGGGAGUUUUCCUGUCAAAUAAAGUCGUUGACGGCCAAGUGAGAACUUACAUAACGUACAACAAGGGGAGGGACUGGCAGCUACUGCAGGCUCCUGCAAGAGAUCUCCAGGGAAACACGGUAUACUGUGAACAGCCAUUUUGUUCCUUGCACCUGCACCUCCAUGUGUCUGAGAACCCUUACACUUCAGGGAACAUUGUGAGCAAAGACUCAGCUCCAGGAAUUAUAAUUGCGUCAGGUGUGAUGGGCCCUGAAUUAACCAGCAAUAACGUCAGCAUUUUCAUUACGUCUGAUGCCGGGAACACAUGGAGAGAGGUGUUUGAGGAGGAAUACAGCGUCUUGUUUCUGAACCAGGGAGGUGCUCUGGUGGCCAUACGACACACUCCGCUGCCCAUAAGACAUAUCUGGCUGAGUUUUGAUGAAGGCCAGCGCUGGGAUCAGUACAGCUUCACCUCCUCCCCGCUCUACGUGGACGGGGUGCUGGGGGAGCCAGGGGAGGACACCCUUAUUAUGACAAUAUUCGGUCACUUCAGCCAUCGAUCUGAGUGGCAGCUGGUGAAGAUCGACUUCCGGUCCUUCUUCAGCCACCGCUGUCAGCCGGACGACUACCUGACCUGGCAGCUACACAACGAGGGGGAGGUCUGCAUCAUGGGCGUGAAGAGAACCUUCCAGAAAUUAAAAGGCAGCGCCCGGUGCGUGAAGACCAGGGACCAGCAGCGCGCCCGCGACUCAGUGCCAUGUCCGUGCACCGAGGCGGACUUUGAGUGCGACUACGGCUUCGAGAGGGGCACGGAUGGGAGCUGCUCGCCGACGUUCUGGUUUGUCCCGACAGCAGCGUCCCGAGACUGCCCCGUUACCACUGAGAGCUACCUCAACAGAACCGGGUACCGCAGGGCUUUGUCCAAUAAUUGCACGGUGGGAGGUGGGGCACGGCCGGGCCCCAGGCGACAGAGAUGCCCCAGCUCGGCCCCCAGGGGCCUGCAGCUGCUCACCAUGGAGCAGACCCUGGUGGCCCCGCUGGGAAACAACGUAACCCUCCUCGUCUUCCUUGAGGAGGGUGCGAGCGCCACCACUAGCAUCACGGUGGACUUUGGUGACGGCACGGCGGUGUCGUACGCCAACACCAGCUCCAUCGAGGAUGGGAUCCGCCACAUGUACAACAGAGUUGGCAUCUACCACGUCUCGGCAACGGCUCGCAACCACCUGGGGUCGGACCGGGUCACCCUGUUCCUACACGUCUCCUGUGAGCUGGAGCGGGUCCGGCUCCUGGCUCCCACGGUGGCCCUGAAGAACCGAGCGGUGAACCUGUCCACGGUGCUGGAGCCCGGGAACGUGGGGGCCGUCACCUACUACUGGUGGCUGGAUAACAAGACGGAGCCCGUGGUGACCCUAGAUGCGGGGAUCUCGUGUUCCUUCUCCAGGGAGGGCCUCCACAACGUGGUGGUGCAGGCGUCCGCGGGCAACACCGUCCAUCAGGACCAGGGAACCGUGGCGGUGUACGAGUCUUUCCGGUCGAAUGUCCUGGCCUUCUCCCCAUACCUGGACGAACUGAACCCCGGGGUGGCGGAGUGGAGAGAGGACAUUAGCCGGGUGGUCAAGACCUCGGUGAUCCAGGCCACGGGGAUCAGAAGGGAGCAGGUCCUGGUGUCCGUGUUCCCUGGACUCCCUACGGCUGCUGAGGUCUUCAUCGUACCCGGAGACGGAAGCGGGGAGGGCAAGUCAGCCCAUCUGGAUCAGCUCUUCCAGGUCCUGAUGAGUGCUCUGAACCAGGACCUGAUCAAGUUCAGCCUGAGGCCGGGCGUCCUGAUCAACGUGUACGCCACGCGCUUCUCCCCCGCGCCCCUAGUGGACCUCAGUGAGAGUGGCAUCUACAAUCACCAUCACAGCGGUGCGGCAGUCAUCAUGCUGGUGUCCAUCGCUCUGAUGUGCCUGGUCGUCUUCGCCAUAUACAAGUUCAAAAGGAAGUCCCCGCGCGGCGACGCCUACACAGUGGAGCAGCCGGAGAAGGAACAGGAAGUGAUUCCCACGGUGACUUCUAUGGUGGUUGCUGACGUCCAGGGCGGCGCGAUGGCAUCACUAGAGCACCUCGACGUGAAGAUGGACUCCCCGCGCCGAGGCUACCUGCCUUCCCGAACAGACAUCAAACUCUUGGAGGCAGCGCCCCAUGUGUCUUAACGCUGGGAGUCUAUGGCCAAGUGGAAGAGCAAUACGUCUUCUUUGGCAGUCGGCUUUUUCCGUGGCUGAAACACAGACUAUGAAAUGGCCCGGCCUCGGUGAAUACUCCCGGGUUUGUUUCCUUCUUUUUUUUUUCUCCGCCGCUCGUGCGUGGAUAGACAAGCGCUCACCACGCUGCCCGCUACACCAUGGCGGAGGGAGAAGAUGUGUACAGAUUUAUAUGCCAAUAUGCUCCUCAAAAAUAAACAAUGCGCUUUUUUUUUCUCC